AGAGGCACAUACACACACUCAGUGUGCACAAACAUAGCAAAGGAGAGCGGAUCUCAAAGCUCUUUACACAGAAGCUACUGUACCAGCAAUCAAGAGGAUAAAAGCUCCCCCGGGGAUUGGCACAAACACUAACCGACCUAGAGUCUCCUCUACUCGGAUUGCAGUCUGGACAUGCACCGAUGGCACUGCUCCUAACUUUUGGAUAUUGAACCCAAGCAACAAUAAAAGGACAUCAGUCUCACAGAAGGGGGUAUAGUUUUCUGCUAGGAAUAAAAUGACAAUGUUUUAUUCUGAAAAAAAGAAUGGCAAGCAUUUCAGCUUGUAAUUCCAUGGAUAUUGAGUAUCGCAUUUGCUUUUGCAGUUUAUGCAGCUAUAUCUGUUUAUAAUAUUAUUAUUUGAAAAGGUCACAUCUUUGACUAUUGCUGGAAUUAAUUCGUUUUGGAGAAAAAAAUUAAGUAUCUACCCAGGGAAAGUUGGUUUGCAACGCAUUAUUUUGAUACAAAAAAGUCCAUACCAACAAUUUCGUGGGAACAUUUGUAAAACCAGGGAUCACUUAUGAAAACAAGGCUGGUGCUGAUUUAAAAACGUAUUGGAUUGUCUUUUCCUUUUAUUACAUAAUAUCUAAAGAAAAAAAAAAAAAAAACUAUUUCUCGAUUCUGGGAUUUUGUUUGCUUGUUUUUGCGCCCCAAAUUUAUUUCCCCUCUGAAAGAUGCUGUAACCCAGCUUGCUGUUUCGAAACCGUGUCAUACUAUAAAGUUCGAAACGUUUUUUAAAGACGUUUUUUAUACUUUUGAUUUGGAGGUAGAUUUAUUUAUUUAUUUUUUUUACUGGGCAACACUGAUCCAUAGAAGAACAUUUCAUUCCAGGCUGCAAUCCCACGCCAGCCCCUGUCAUCCAGUCUAGACAAUUUGUCGUGACUUUGAGUCCAAGUGUAACCAUGGCGACCAUCAGAAGCUCUAUUUGAAUUUUGGAGAAAAAGGAGUAAAAAGCAAGCGAGAGAGGAGAGAAAGAGAGCGAGUUUUUUUUUUCCAUUCAGCUGUGGUAGGAGCCUAAUUGGUUUGCAGACACCACUAUACCAGGAGCCUGGGACAGAGUGGAAAAAGUUGGAAGCGCACAGCGAGUCUUGUGGUCCCUAAAAAGAGAUCUCAAGUCCAUGUCAUUCAAACCCGUAGCGAUCUAUUAACAGUAUCGCCUUGCCUCGGCUUUGACUUGACCUAUUUAUGAAAUCUCCCGGCUCCACAUUUCAGAGUGUAUAGUAUCUGCAGAAAAUAAAUCAAUACAUACUCACACCAAAUAAAUAAAUAUAGAGUUUAUUUAUUUAUUUUUUUUUUAACAUGGGUUUUUCACAAGCUCUUCUCGUCUGCGCUUUGGUCUUCCAUUCAGGCGCCUGCCAGCCCUAUCUCCGGCUACGACCUUCCCCUAGUGAUAAGUUGCCGGUCAUUGAUAUUAUCGAGCACCCCGAUCCCGAGUACGACCCCCGGGAGCAGGACCUCAAUGACAGGACUCUGAGAAAAAAACUGGGAAGCAACUUUGACCCCAACUUUAUGUCCAUCAGCACUCCUGUCCAGGUCAACCUGUCCAUACAAGACAUACACCCGAAGCUCAGGAUUCCUGGACCGAUGCCCAACGACAUUAAGAAGCUGGACCUUUCUGAAACCCCGUACGGGAUGCGGGUGAAAAUUGGCAAGAAAGCGCGGAGGAAAUUCCUGCAGUGGCUGUGGACUUACACUCACUGCCCCGUGGUCUACACCUGGAAGGACCUAGGGCUCCGGUUUUGGCCUCGCUACAUCAAGGAAGGGAACUGCUUAAAUGAACGUUCUUGUUCUUUCCCAGAGGGGAUGUUUUGUAAACCGGUGAAGUCAGUUACCAAGACUUUCCUCCGUUGGUACUGUCAGGGAUUUUUAAGACAAAAAUACUGUACGUGGAUACCUGUUCAAUACCCAAUUAUUUCAGAAUGCAAGUGCUCGUGUUGAGUUGUUUUUCUUU